UUAUGUGAACAUUUCGUGCGCAGGAAUCCUCUAUUCAUCAGAGUCUUGCUCGUUCGUCUCUGCAACAACCAGUUCAGUUAAUCUCCUCACACUGAAAAUAUAUCCAUCAUUUAUCCGUUUGUAUUAUCCCAUUGAUUGCAAUCGGCUGAAUUCGCAUAAUUGGAUACGAAAAAGCAUGGCCUUGGGAGUAAUGAAACCGGAAGAUGAGAUAAUAAUCAAGCCGCGCAAUGAUAAAAGAGACUAUCGAAGGAUUCUUCUCAAAAAUAAUCUCCAAGUUCUCCUCAUCAGCGAUGCCGAAACCGAUAAAUGUGCUGCUUCAAUGGAUGUCCGCAUCGGUGCUUUCAGUGAUCCCGAGGGACUCGAAGGCCUCGCGCAUUUUCUUGAACACAUGCUUUUCUAUGCUAGCGAAAAGUAUCCUCAGGAGGACAGUUAUUCAAAAUACAUCAGUGAGCAUGGAGGCAGCACAAAUGCUUUCACAUCGUCUGAGAACACCAAUUACUACUUUGAUGUCAACCCUGACUCCUUUGAAGAAGCCUUGGACAGAUUUGCUCAGUUUUUCAUAAAACCAUUGAUGUCGGCUGAUGCGACUACAAGGGAAAUAAAAGCAGUUGAUUCUGAGAACCAGAAAAAUUUGCUAUCUGAUGCCUGGCGGAUGAAUCAGCUUCAGAAACAUUUAAGUGUGCAAGACCACCCGUACCACAAAUUCAGUACAGGAAAUUGGGAUACUUUGGAAGUCCGGCCAAAAGAAAGAGGAUUGGACACUAGACAAGAGCUUCUGAAGUUCUAUAAAGACAAUUAUUCAGCCAAUCUCAUGCAUCUUGUGAUAUAUACUAAAGAUGGUCUCGAUAAAAUUGAAAUCCUUGUCCGGAGCUAUUUUGAGGAUAUCCGAAAUACAGAUAGAAACUCAAUCAGUUUCCCUGGCCAGCCUUGUAAUUCAGAACACCUUCAGAUUCUCGUAAAAGCCGUCCCAAUUAAGCAAGGUCACAAGUUAAAAUUUGUAUGGCCAACAACACCUGGAAUCCAUCAUUACAAUGAAGGGCCAAGCAGGUAUCUGGGUCACUUGAUUGGCCAUGAAGGAGAAGGAUCUUUGUUUUACAUCUUGAAAAAAAUGGGUUGGGCUACAAGUUUAUCCGCUGGUGAAUCAGAUUGGACUUGUGAGUUUUCUUUCUUCAAAGUCAGCAUUGAUCUCACAGAUGCUGGCCAAGAGAAGUUUGAGGAAAUUGUGGCACUAUUGUUUAAAUACAUUCACCUUCUCCAGAACUCUGGACCCUGUGAACGGAUUUUUGAUGAGCUUGCAGCCAUUUGUGAGACUUCCUUUCACUAUCAAGAUAAGAUUCGACCAAUUGAUUAUGUGGUCAAUGUUGCAAUGAAUAUGCAGUUUUAUCCUCCAAAAGAUUGGCUGGUUGGAUCAUCUUUGCCUACAAAGUUCAAUGCUGAGGUCAUUCAGUCAGCAUUGAAAGAGCUGAGUCCAUUCAAUGUGAGAAUUUUUUGGGAGUCCACAAAAUUUGAGGGACUUACAGAUUCAAAAGAGCCUUGGUAUGGUACAGCUUAUUCUGUUGAGCGAUUAACUGGCUCUAAGAUUGAGCAAUGGGCUGAUAAAGCUCCUGGUGAAGGUUUGCAUCUACCUGUCGAAAAUGUGUUUAUUCCUACAGAUCUAUCCCUUAAGACUGGUUCAGAGCAAAUGAAAUUACCAGUUUUGUUGAGGAAGACGCCUUACUCAAGGUUGUGGUACAAACCUGAUACAGCAUUUUCAACUCCAAAAGCAUAUGUUAAGAUAGAUUUCAAUUGUCCUCUUUCUGGGAGUUCUCCUGAAUCAGAAGUUCUCACCGAAAUAUUUACACGUUUGCUGAUGGACUACUUAAAUGAAUAUGCAUACGAUGCCCAAGUUGCUGGUCUAUAUUAUUCAGUUAGCAACACUGAAUCUGGUUUCCAGGUCACUGUAGUUGGAUAUAACCACAAGCUGACGAUCUUACUGGAGACAGUAAUACAACGGAUUGCGAAUUUUGAAGUUAAACUUGACAGAUUUUCUGUAAUUAAGGAAUUGGUCACAAAAGACUAUCAGAAUAUGAAGUUUCAACAGCCAUAUCAGCAAGCCAUGAACUACUGUUCAUUGAUACUAGAAGACCAAACAUGGCCUUGGACUGAGAAAGUUGAAGUUUUACCUCACCUUGAAGUCGAGCAUCUUGUGAAAUUUUAUCCUUUAAUGAUAUCAAGGAUCUUCUUGGAGUGCUUUGCUGCAGGAAAUCUUGAGCCAAAAGAAGCAGAGUCCAUGAUCCACCAUAUAGAAGAUGUGUUCUUUAAGAGUACCAAGCCCAUAUCCAAGCCUCUCUUUGGAUCUCAGUACAUGACAAAUAGAGUUGUGAAGCUUGAAAGGGGAAUAAAUUACUUCUACAGCGGGGAAGGCCUAAAUCCUAGUGACGAGAAUUCUGCACUUGUCCACUACAUUCAGGUGCACCAGGAUGAUUUCAAGCUAAAUGUCACUCUCCAACUUUUUGCGGUGAUAGCAAAGCAACCUGCAUUUCACCAGCUUAGAUCAGUUGAGCAGCUUGGAUAUAUUACAGUGCUUAUGCAGAGGAAUGACUCUGGUGUCCGAGGUGUACAAUUCAUUAUCCAAUCAAAUGUCAAGGGUCCUGGUCAAAUUGAUCUGAGAGUAGAGUCAUUUCUCAAGAUGUUUGAAACUAAGCUCUAUGAAAUGCCUAACGACGAAUUUAAGAGCAACGUUAAUGCACUUAUCGAAAUGAAGCUGGAGAAGCACAAAAACCUACAAGAGGAAUCUACAUUCUACUGGCGAGAAGUAUUUGACGGAACCUUCAAAUUUGACAGGAGAGAAUGCGAGGUAGCAGCACUAAAGCAAAUAACUCAAAAGGACUUGAUAGAUUUCUUCAACGAGUACAUUAAAGUCGGUGCUCCUCUCAAGAAGGGGUUGAGCGUACGUGUAUAUGGGAGCGCACAUGCUUCAGAGUACAAGACAGACAAUUCCCAACCUCCUGUAUCCUACGUUCCAAUAGAAGAUAUCUUUAGUUUUAGAAGAUCACGACCUCUGUAUGGCUCGUUCAAAGGAGGCUUCGGUCACUUGAAGCUGUAAAGAUAGCAAAACUCUGUUCAGGAUCAGAAGAGAACCCUUGCCAGAGUGGUUUUCUUCAGAAUAGAGCAUUCGUCUUCAGAUUACCUCAAAGAUUAUAUUACAUUUUCCUUUGAUAUAUAGACGUCUCUUUGAAUUUUUCUUAAUGAGCAAAAUAAUUGAUAGGGCAUCAACCAUUUGUAGUAUAACCAUAUUGUUGAAUAGUAGAGGCACCGAUAACUUAAAAA